GACCAAAAAGAAAAGACGUAGAAAAAGAAUGCCACUACUUUGUGGAUCUAUCAAUCAAAUUUGUGAUCCCAACACAUCCUUUAUCUCCCUUUGUUUUUCUUAAUUUUUUCCAAAUCUUUUUAUUCAACACGGAAACACUCCCACACGUUUCUCAAAUUAUUUGCAUGUAAUUUAUGUACUCGCAUUUCUUCAAAUUUUUGUCUCCAAUUUGAAUUCUAACUCAUUAUUAGUUGACUUCGUUUUUUCAACUAAUGGAAUCCAGUGUUGUUGCAUGAACUUAAAGUGUUCUUGAUUAUACUUCCCGCUGGAGGUUCGGGUUUGAGUUCGAGUUCAUAUCGGAUAUACUGUGUAUAGAGUAUAUAGAAGCUGUGAGCAAUGGUGGUUGAGACGUGGCUACUGAAGAUGACAAGCCAAGUAAGUGCAAAUUUCAAGCAUGCCCUUCUUGAAUCUUCAAAAAAAUCAAAUGCUAAAAAACAAGAAGUAAAAGAAAGUACUGGAAUUCUCUGUUUUGAAGUUGCUAAUUUGAUGUCGAAAACUGUUUUACUCCACAAAUCAUUAGGUGAUAAAGAGAUUUCUAAGUUGAAGAGUGAGUUGUUGAAUUGUCAAGGCAUAAAGAACCUUAUAUCUUGUGAUGAGGCUUUUAUUUUUGAGCUUGCAUUAUGUGAAAAGAUGGAGGAGUUGAAUAGAGUAGCUGGGGUGGUUUCGAGAUUAGGGAAAAAGUGUAAUUUACCAGCUUUACAAGGGUUUGAGCAUGUGUAUGGGGAUAUAGUGAGUGGAGUUCUUGGAGUGAAGGAUUUGGGUUUUUUGGUUAAAGAUAUGGAGGCAAUGGUGAGGAAAAUGGAGAGGUUUGUGAAUUUAACAGGUGCCCUUUAUGGCGAAAUCGCGGUUUUGAGAGAAUUGGAGAUAACCACCAAGAAGUUUCAGCAGAGUCAUCUUGAGGAGACAAGGAAGGCUUUUGAACAGAAAUUGAUGUGGCAGGAGCAAGAUGUGAAGCAUCUUAAGGAUGUUUCACUUUGGAACCAGAGUUUUGAUAAGGUUGUGGAGAUGUUGGCAAGAACAGUUUGCACCCUUUAUGUGAGGAUUUGUAAUGUUUUAGGGUCAGAAUCAGGGCAAAGAAAUGAUGGUUUACGUCAGUUGAAGGCGGAUUGUGGAGUGAAAUUUGGUCGGAUUGAUGUGAAACUAGAGAAUUCUGUCGUGAUCAGGAGAGGCUUGAGGAAGAAGAAUGGGGGUGAUAUGUCUGGAUUGACUGAGAGAAAUAGGAUGGAGAAGAGAAAAUCAAAUGUCAGGCCCAAGGUUGAGGAGCAACUGUUUCGAGCAGAACAUUUAGAUAUUCUGUGCGGCAUGGGUCGAGGAGGGCUAUUCAAGGAGUGCCUAAAUUUAGGUAGUCCUGGUACAAAGGUGGAUGAUGAUAAUGAGUGUAGUGGUCUUGAGGAUAGAAGUGUCGCAGGUGGUGAGAAGAGGAAUAAUCUAAAACACUCAGGCGGCGUUGUUUCAUCUCAAACAAGUAGUACUUUCAGUUUCAGUGAAGCUAAUUGUUCCAGAUCUACCCUAAAAAGUAGUUUCAUGGACUAUGCUACUCCUAGCACCAUUGGAGGCUCCGGAUUAGCAUUGCGUUAUGCUAAUGUAGUAAUUGUCGUAGAGAAGUUACUUAUGUAUCCUCAUCUUGUUGGGGAGGAAGCAAGAGAUGAUUUAUAUUUUCUGUUACCAACCAACUUGAGAAUGUCAUUAAAGACUGGUCUCAAGUCUUUUAAAGAAGAUUUUGCAAUAUAUGAUGCUUCUCUGGCUCAUGACUGGAAGGAAAGGCUUGACCAAAUACUGCAGUGGCUCGCUCCUCUAGCACAUAACAUGAUCAGGUGGCUAAAUGAAAGAAAUAUUGAGCAGCAACAAGUUAUUAAACGAACAAAUGUUCUCCUGCUCCAGACUUUGUAUUUUGCUGAUAGGGUGAAGACGGAGGAGGCGUUAUGUGAAGUUCUAAUUGGUUUGAAUUAUAUUUGUCACUACGAGCAUCAACAUGAUGCAUUACUGGAUUGUUCCAGCAGUUUUGAUCUUGAUGAUUGUGUGGGGGACUGGCAGUUGCCAUAGGGAGGUUCUCUAUACAUAAAUGUUGGCUUCUUUGUCGGAUUAAAAUACAAUGAUUGCAGUCAGUUUGCUGAUCUGAAAGCACUUCUACGAUGAACUCUCUGACAGAUAAACUUUAGCAUAGUGUAAAUAUAUUUUUCUCUUUGGACGAGUAGCGUACUUUAGUGUUUUGUCACUGAAGAACUCUGCUUCAGGAAAUGGAGUUCAUUGCAUUCUUUGUGAAGUUAUACAGUUUUAGUCUUUCAGAGUAACUAAUUCAAAACUAUGGAUAUAUAUUUUCUAUCAUUUUUGUACAUUAUAUCUUUUUUCUUUUAAA